CCCCUGCUCUGGCUGUUUUGUUACCAUGGAUGCAGCUUUACAAGGCAAAACAUUGCACGUGACAUUCCGUGUAACGUCACAAACACCCUACCACUGUUAGACGCGUUCGUUUUUGACACGACACUUUGGGAGAUUACACCUUUCGGUGCAUUAACUGCAUUUUUGUCCUCUUAAAAAGGCAAAAAUUAUAAUUUUACAGGAUAGCUCAACGAAAAUCAUCACUUUAUAGAAAUGAAUAGAUAUACAGAGGAUAUAGGAAAGAUGGAAAGAAGGACAGACACUCUUUCCCGAAUUGACGAGAUUCUUCAACCUGUAGAGGACUUAGAAAAGCGGAUCCGUGGCCGGAUUUUCAAUGGUCACUUGGAAUCCGGUUGCAGUGGACCAAGGGUGGCUGUUGAAAACGUGACAGCCUUUAGAGAAACACCCAGGGACAGCCUGCAUCCACUUGCUGAAUUUUUUGGGGAGGUGCAGCCGCAGCGGGAAUUGAGCUUGGCAUCUUCAUUGAGCUCUGAUGGAAGUUCAAUGACAACUCGAGACAGUCGCACUCCCGAGGAGCUCAGAGCCGUCCCAUUGGUUAAGACCCCCUCUCCUCCUCCACCAUUUGCUCCGUGUCCUCCAUCAUCCUCUCCACCUCACAGAAGUCAGAUUCCAGUGAGGUUAAAAAACUACAGAGAAACAGACAAAGAAGUCGCCGGUGGUGUCAGGCUGGUGACAGCCCAACGUGUGGUUAGGGCACUGGAGCAAAUGCAUCAAAAAAUUGUGGAUGCGUUCCUGCCCCAAACCUCUGCAGCUCGGCGGCGGCUUCUUCCUUCCCGAGCUCCAGCUCCUCCUGGAUCUCCAGUUCCGGCCCCCCCUCGAGUUCCAGCUCCCCGAGCUGGAGUUGGAGCUGGGGCUCGAGCAAGGGUUGUAGCUCUGACCCCUGCUCGAGCUCCAGCUCCUCCUGGAGCUCCAGUUCCGGCCCCCCCUCGAGUUCCAGCUCCCCGAGCUGGAGUUGGAGCUGGGGCUCGAGCAAGGGUUGUAGCUCUGACCCUCUCCCGAGCUGGAGUUGGAGCUGGGGCUCGAGCAAGGGUUGUAGCUCUGACCCCUGCUCGAGCUCCAGCUCCUCCUGGAGCUCCAGUUCCGGCCCCCCCUCAAGUUCCAGCGCCUCAAACUGGAGGAGGAGCUGGAGUUGGAGCAGGGUCUGUAGCUCCAGCUCCUCCAGCUCCAGCUUCUCCACAAGCUCCAGCUCCAGAACGUAGGACACCUCGAAGGGUUGUUAGACAGCCUCCAGAGGUGGACUUUAAAGGGCUCAUCGUGGGGUACCUCCUCUCAAUUGACGAAAAGUUAGGGGAGGAGCUUCAGCCAGUCUCUGAUCCUUCAGAGACUCUCCAGCUGAGCCUCAGCCUGCUGAGUCAGGACGACUGGAAGAAAAAGAUGGAGGGGCUACGAUACAUCCGCACCCUGGCGCGGCAUCACCGAGGGGAGUUGGAGUUAAGCCUCCAUACAGUUUGCUUGGGGGUGACACAAGAGAUUAAAAACAAUCGCUCUUGUGUUUCCUUUGCGGCACUGGACACGGUGGUAUACUUGUGUGUACACCUCAAAGAGAGGAUGGACAGAGAGGCUGAAUGGACCUGUGAGAGUUUACUCCAGGUGUUUGCAAGGGCAAAUGCCAAUGUGUCCAUUCAGCAGCAUGCGAAGGAAGCUCUGACAGCUCUGGUUCACGGUUGCAGCCCGAGUCGCUUCCUAAACAGCCUGGUGACUAUGGGUUUGAAACAUAAGAGCGUUCUCGUGAGAGCUGGUGCCGCACUGGGGCUCCUCAUAAUCACUAAAUUCAUGGAAGCGGAGAAAGUUCUGUCUGCAGGUCAGACUUUCACCAAAUGCUUCCUGUUGGCUGUCAGUGAACUGUGUCAGGAUGCUUCCUCUGAAGUCAGAGCCCAUGGAAAGGCCAUCCUAAAAGACCUGGUCAAACAGAGGAACUUCAGAAAGAUGUGGAAAGAAAGCGUCUCGGAUAAAUCCCGCUGUGAAGUGGAAAGAAGACUCAGAGACGUAUUUCAGAAAUAGCAGACACAGAAAUUUCCCACAUCACGUCUGCUUCAGGUAAGUAUAUAUGUCAUUUAAAUAUUUAAUAUAACAUGCACAAUAAGUAAAUAUUUAAUAUGCACAAAAAACACUCACUUAUCCACCAACCGGUCGAGGCAGAUGGCCGCCCUCCCUGAGCCUGGUUCUGCCAGAGGUUUCUUCCUGUUAAAAGGGAGUUUUUCCUCUCCACGGUCGCUCAUAGGGAUCAAUUGGAUACAAUAACUUUGUUGCUUUUUGGUCCGUCACAUUGACCAAAAACCAACAUGUUCUUAAUAGAGUGGUAAGUGAGUGUUUUACAUUUUCCAUCUGUGAACGGUAGCUUCUACCGCUCAUUUAUUGAUUUGGCACCAAUUUGGCACAAAAUAAAGAAAACUUUAAAA